AAUAUUUGAGAGGACGGUUCAGCGUCUCCCUUCCUCUCUCUCUCUCCCCCUCUCUUUCUCUCUCUCUCUGCUCUCUGUCCACACUCAGUCGCAUCUGGAAUCGGUGCGAACCGGAAUCCUUUUUUUUGUUGCAAAUAUUUAUGUAUCUUACGUUAAAAACUGUGUUGGGAUUUUUGUGUUUUUGUGAAAAAGAUGACUUCUCGUUGCUGCUGAAAGAUCCACAGAGGGGUUAAAACUUUUUUCUAUGCACUCAGUGGAGGAAAACUCUGAACUGGAGCUGAGAUACUUGGAAAAUAUUUGGGAAUUUUGCACCUUUAACACAAAGGAAAACUACUUUUUUGUUUCCCCUGCAGAAAUUAUAAGCUACCAAGAAUAGACAGGAUACCUCAGGAGACACGGAGCUCUCCACGCUGUCUCUGCAGGAACAUUAUGGGACUAUUGGAGUGAUUUUCCUCGGGGCGGAGGAGGUUUGCCGGACUGUGAUUUUCCCACAUAGAGCAAAGCUGAUCUGAGGGCAGAGGGGAGCUAAAUGCGGCUGACUGGCGACCCUGCACCGGGAACCAUGAACAGCAGCAGCGGGUCUGGCAACUUUCUGCUGGUCCCCAUACCGGAGUAUCCCCUGCUGGACUGUUUGCCCAACAAGACGGUGAAGAUUGUGGUGCUGGGGGCGAGCAACGUCGGGAAAACCGCUCUGAUUGUCAGGUUUCUGACCAAGAGGUUUAUCGGGGAUUACGAAGCAAACACUGGAGCCCUCUACUCCAGAAAGGUCACACUGGAUGGGGAGGAAGUGUCGCUUCAGAUCCAGGAUACUCCCUGUGUCGCUCUCCAGGAUGAUGCUGAAGGCCUGUACUGCCAGGAGCAGAUCAACAGGUCAAUCUACUGGGCAGACGGUUACGUGCUGGUUUUCUCCAUCACGGACCACAACAGCUACAGCACCAUCCAGCCGCUGUACCAACACGUCAGACGCAUACACCCCUCUGGAAAUAUACCUGUUAUACUGGUUGGCAACAAGAGCGACCUGCUUAGAGCCAGACAAGUGUCGGCAGACGAAGGCGAGACGUUAGCAGCUUCACUAGGAGGAGUUUACUUUGAGGCCUCAGCCAGAGAGAACCACGAGGGAGUCCACUCCACCUUCCUACAUCUCUGUCAGGAGGUGAUCCGGGCGCUGGGAGGAGGGAACGGGGAGAAACGAAGAGGAGGCCUCCACCUGGCCAGACCUAAAUCUCCCAACAUGCAGGAGCUGAAGAGGAGAUUCAGGCAGGUCCUCUCCUCCAAAGUCAAGUCAUCCACGACUCUGUGAUCGCAGGAUGGGACCAAAACAACACAGCAAAUAUAAGAGCUAGCAUGGAAAUAAAAGGUUGUUGUCCUUCUUUGAUGGAAGAAUGGAGAAAAAUGGAAGAGGCCUCGAUAUCGAAGAUUUAAGUUUGGAAACUGAAGCUGUUACUGGCAUGAAAAGUUUCUGCAGCGAUAAAAGCAUUUGAAAGUUGUUGGUCGUCAGAUGGAUAGAGACAAAGACUGAAUGGAGUUUUCUGCCAACUAAGCUCUUCUCUGUGUUUUGGAAGGAGCUCGUGGUCAACAUGACCUCUUCCCAGGACGCUGCGCAAAGUGAACAUGUCACAGACUGCUAAACAAACAGCUGGUGUUGUGUCAGAAACGUGUCGUGUUUACCAUGGAUAGUGAGUGCGUCACUGACAUGGUCACUGUGUGUGAACCAGUCCAUGCCUCAGUUUUCUUGAGGCUGAAAAAUCGCUCACGACAAAAUUGAAUUUAAUGCAAGCAAUUAUUAAAGAAUAACUAAUAAGACAAUUGCAUGGAAGAAAAAGUUUUUUAAUGUCCUGUCAAAUAGUGUCAUUUUACUCCCUACUUGUUACAAUUUCCUUUAUUUUGGUUUUAAUUGAGAUUUGUUUGCAACUAAAUGAUGCAAAAGCUUUCCAUUUGGUUUAAGGCGAGAACAAUGCCACAUUUCAACUUUACUCACCAAAUAAAUGAAAUGCAAGUC